CUAUUUUUGUGUUAAAAAUUUAUCUGGUGGUCACAAUUACAAAUUUAAGCUGCAGGUGGAGUCACAUAAUGCAAGCUCAGAGAAUUCAAUGUUUGGGAUAGCCACAGUCAGUUGCACUACAAAAAACGACUGUCCCAGUAUCACCGCAUUUCAUCAUAGUGCCUAUCAAAAUCUACCAUUACUCUUUCGGGAGUUCUUAGAUACAAGAGCUCAUGAUAUUAACAUCUACAACGAGCUAGGUGAGAGUGGUCUGUCUAAAGCUUGUGCAGCUGGCCAUAAUGAUAUGGUACUUACUCUGUUGCAAUACAGAGCAGAUGUGAAUUUACCAAACAUGUUCACUAGAAUUACACCGCUGAUGACUGCUGCUUACCAUGGACACGGUGAUAUAAUAAGAAUAUUGGCUCGCAAUGAUGCYGAUGCUACUUUAAAAGAUAUAAAUUUAAAAACAGCACUUCAUUAUGCAGUCGAUGGAUCUCAUAAUGAUGCAGUUAAAAUGCUUCUGGAAGGAAAUUGGAGUGAUGUAAAUUCCAUAGACUCUAAAGGUUGGACUCCUUUAAUGAGAGCAGUAUUAAUGUUUUCCAAUUCGGAUGUGAUCAAGACCCUUAUUUCAUAUGGUUCAGAUUUAAGUAUUAAAGAUAAAAAUGGUCAAGAUAUUUGGCAGUUGGCUCAUUUAUCAAAUAAUUGGAAAGCUCUAAAAAUAUUGCCAGAUUGAAUUAAGUUUUUUCAUGAUUUAUUAUAAGAAUGAAAAAAUAUGUUACUUUAACUUGAUAAUUUUUUACAUCUAAUGUAUGUCUAUUAGA